UUUUGGACCCUGAACGGUCGCCCCUCCUGCACUGGGCCUGGGCCGGCCCUGAUCGGCCCAGCAGACGAUCGACGAGGCCCGAGAUGAAGACCUCCGAGAUUUGGUGUCUCGGGUUCUCUUCCAUUACCAGCAGUAUUACGACGAGAAAUCGCGACUUGGACAGCGGGAUGUUUUACUGGCUUUCUCGCCGACGUGGUAUACUUCCUACGAAAGGAGCCUGCUUUGGAUCGCCGGGUACAAACCGGGUAUCGUAUUCCGGCUCGUGACCGAGUCGGUGCCCGAUUUGAGCGACCAGCAGCGGGUCAGGAUGGCCCGGCUGAGGGAGGCGACCCGGGUCGAGGAGCGCGCGCUCAACGACAAGCUCGCCAAGAUUCACGAGAGCGUGGCGGCGCCGCCGUUCAUGGAUGCGGUGCGGCGGUACGGGAGGGCCGGACACGGGGAGAUCGUGGAGGACGACGCGGUGAUCAAGUCGCUUAAGUCGGCAUUGGAGACCGUGGUGGAGAAUGCCAACUUGCUGAGGACGACGAUGGCGACGAAGCUGGUGGAUUUGCUGAGCUCGGGGCAGGCAGUGAGGUUUUUGACGGCGUUGAUGCAGUUUCAGCUAAAGAUUCGGAGUUUGGGGUUGGAGAGGGACGCCGAGCAGCAGCGGGAAUUGAGCGAAGGCGGUGGUGGUUGGAGUCCAAUUAGUAGUAGGUGGUAGAAUUUUGAGUUUUAUAUUUUGGAGGAAAAUGUAUGGCGGGUUAGGCUAAUAAUUUUGAUUAUGGAUGGUAAUGGUAAUUUUGAGAUGUGCAUUAUGUUAUAUUUAAUAUGAUUGCAAUAUGUUAUAUUUAA